CAAACCUUUUUGUCCCUGAACGUCUUCCGUCUUUCCGCAGCGUGGAUUUCAAUGACAUUCAUUCAGUUUUCGUAAGACUUCUUUAUUCUAGGUUUUAAGGAUGUUGUUAUCCUUUUUAUUCAGAACUGUUUUAAGAGAUGCUGCAAAGGGCAACAUUUGCCAGCAUGUUAAGUGUUUUCACUCAGGAUCUCAGCUGCUGUCAGCAGACAAAGCCCUCCUGAUGAAACUGCGGAAAAGCACCGGCUACACUUUCAUUAACUGCAAGAAGGCGCUGGAGAAGUUUGAUAAUGACAUCGUACAGGCUGAAACCUGGCUACAUGAGCAGGCACAGAAGGAGGGCUGGAGUAAAGCAAACAAGCUGGAGGGCCGAAGAGCCAAAGAAGGUCUCAUUGGUCUGUUUGUUGGGGACAAAGCUGCAGUGAUGGUGGAGGUGAACUGUGAGACAGACUUUGUCGCCCGCAAUGAAAAGUUUCAGCAGCUGGUAAAGGAUGUGACCUUUGCUACUUUGGCUCACCAUCGGAAUAAAACGCAACGCCAGGAAGGAUAUGUGAAGAGUUUCCUUGCGGGAGAUGAGUUGAGCAAACUCAGCACAGGGGAAGGAACUUCACUGGCCGACCAGGUGGCUCUCACAAUAGGUCGCCUUGGAGAGAACAUGUCAGUUAAGCGGGCGGUAGCGGUGGGGGUCCCAGCUGACUGGCACUUUGGCUCAUAUGUACACGGCGGUGUCGGUGGCCAGAAUGAGGUGGCCAUGGGCCGAUAUGGUGCUCUAGUCGUAUUUCAGGGAGGAAAGGAAGGAGAACAAGACAUGCUGGGUCGCAAGCUCGGACAGCAUAUAGUGGGAGAGGCCCCCCUGUCCCUGGGCAACAUGGAUGAUCUCCCCUGUGGUGAAAGUGAGACACGUCUCCUUCCUCAGACUUUCCUGUCAGACCCCAGCAGGACUGUGGCCCAGUUCCUCGCGGGCAAGCAAGCUCGGGUCCUGGACUUUGUCCGAUUUCAGUGUGGCGAGGCAGCCGGUGAAGAAACAAAAUGAAAAGGAGAAUUUAGAAGAAUUUCUCCAGUAUGUUUAAUAUGUAUUAGGAGGAAUUUCAAGUGCUCAUUUAUUGUUACAACUUCAGUUACUCUGCAUCAUCAUGAAUUUGAAAGCAGAAGGGCCUGAUGGAAAUUACAAACUCAACAAUAAAAAUGAUUCUCCUAAAAACGUGUCCCUUAGUAUUUGACUUAACUGUAUAUUUACUU